AUGUCGGCCGAACCGAUCUCAAGAUUCGCGAGAUUCGCCAUCCCAGCCUUCAUUGGCUACAGCUUUGUUCAGGCGUCCAUCUACGAUGUCAAGGGUGGCACGAGAGCCGUCAUCUUCGACCGGUUGUCCGGCGUGAAGGAGCAGGUUGUGAAUGAGGGCACACACUUCCUCGUGCCGUGGCUGCAGCGGAGUAUCAUCUUCGACGUAAGAACCAAGCCGAGGAAUAUCGCUACGACGACGGGUUCCAAGGAUCUGCAGAUGGUCAGCUUGACCCUCAGAGUACUUCACCGACCAGAAGUGCAAGCGCUUCCCAAAAUCUACCAGAAUCUCGGCAAUGACUACGACGAGCGUGUGCUCCCCUCCAUCGGCAACGAAGUUCUCAAGGCGAUCGUCGCGCAGUUCGAUGCCGCCGAGCUGAUCACCCAGCGUGAGGCCGUCUCGCAGCGGAUCCGGACCGACCUGAUGAAGCGGGCCGCCGAGUUCAACAUUGCGCUGGAGGACGUGUCGAUCACGCACAUGACGUUCGGCAAGGAGUUCACCAAGGCGGUCGAGCAGAAGCAGAUUGCGCAGCAGGACGCGGAGCGGGCGCGCUUCAUCGUCGAGAAGGCCGAGCAGGAGCGCCAGGCCAACGUCAUCCGCGCCGAGGGCGAGGCCGAGAGCGCAGAGACCAUCUCCAAGGCCAUCGCCAAGUCGGGUGACGGCCUCGUGCAGAUCCGGAAGAUCGAGGCGAGCAGGGAGAUUGCGCAGACGCUGGCUAGCAACCCCAAUGUGGCGUACAUUCCCGGUGGCAAGCAGGGGUCGAACAUACUUCUGAACGCUGGGAGGGCAUGA